CCCAUUUAAGGAAAUUCUGAGAAAGCACAGAGGAUUAACAAUAAAGAUGGAAACAAAAAAAUAUUCAGUGGUGGAAUUCACAGAGGACAGUGCAGUCGAAGUAGUCCCAACAUCAUGGUUGGAGGUGACCAAAGAGGGAACGUUCUGUUAUUGGACUUAUGGAAAUGCAAGGCAGCUUGUAAAAAAUUGCGCAAUGCCAGACAAAGCAAAGUGGAGCAAGUGUUUGGUAAAAAAAAUUUGGCUAAGAACAGACUCAUACACCAAAGGUGUCCAGAAAUGCCGGCGUGUAGUAGAGACCUCAAACAUUGAAACGGAGGACAGCUCCACAACAAACAAAAAGAGGGCACACAAAAAACCACAGAGAUUUCUGCCUGAAACAGAUUCCUCCUCAGAUGAUGAUGUCAGAGUUUUCCCUAAGGAUAAUCUAUCAAAACCACUUCCACCCAAAUAUAAGCCAUUCUCCAAUAUUCAUCCUCUUGACAAGGCAAAAACAUCACUGCCAGAGUUUGGAGAAUCAAGCACGUCACAAACACUUCAAGCUGCCUCACAGCUUCUCUUAGAAGAGCCCCAGUGUUCUUCUGAAGCAGCAACAAAGAACUACCGCACAAAAGUCUUGCAAAAACUGCAAGAGAUUACAGAGAACCAGCAAGACAUACUGGCCAUGCAAAGAAGUUUGCUGGCUGCUGUGUCUGUGACAAUGACUGAGGAAGGGGAGGAUGUCCUGGAAAAUGGACCAUGCCAGACUGUAGAAGAACUACAAAGUCUUUCCACAGAACUGGGCACCAAAGAAAAAAGGACCAAGCUGAUGAACUACCUCCGAUCCCUGGGAGGAACAAACCCAGGGGCAGCCGUGCGCAAAAUGUUGCGCAAGGUUGCAUCAAACGAAGUAUUGAGUGUCUUCAGUUUGAAGGGAAAAAAAGGCAAACUAGCCUUUAAAGACUUGACCAUCUGUGAUUUAAUUAUAGAUGUUCAAGACGUUAAAGGCAACUGACGUGGAAGACCUUAUUUCAAUGGUUUUAAAAUUUGCCCCACACAGGCACUU